AUGGCGGCCUUGUCAAUAACGAAAGGUUGUUUCACUGCAACGACUAAAAUUAUUUUAAAAAUAACACAGUGCAGGAAACUUAGCUCACAGCUUAAUGCGGUUGUCAAUCAUUUAUCACUUUUGAGAUUAUCUCCCAGUGCCUCAGCAGCAGCAUCAUCAUCUCAUGGCUCACUGCUGCACAGUUCCCCAGUCAGGGGGUUCCAUUCUUCCACAGCUUGCUUCUUUCACAAAACUCAGCCAGUGGAGGAUCUCAUGGAAUUCUUUGAUCACAAGGACACCUGGGGAGAAAAAACUGUUACUUGUGGAAGACCAUACAGGCUGGAUGAGCUGAGAAUUAAAAGUAAUCAAGACUUGCACAAGCUCUGGUAUGUUUUGCUGAAAGAACGUAACAUGCUGAUGACAAUGGAAGCUGAGUAUACCAGGCAGAGUGAAUUGUUUCCCAACCCUGAGAGAAUAACCAAGGUUGAGGAAAGUAUGGAGAAUAUUCUUGAAGUUGUCAAGGAGCGAGAUAAUGCUGUAUCUAUGCUUGAGACUGGCAAACCUAGUGGGCCUGGUGGAGCAUAUGUCAGAGACUUCCUUGGGCGAGUUGUGUGGAGAGACUUCAAGGAGUAUGCCGUACCACCACAUGUGAACAAAGUAUACCGCCUGCUGCACCCUCGGGGAUUUAAGGCUUUACACUUGAAGUACUUGCCUUUAUGGAGAGAGAAGAUUGCUCGCAAGCGAUGGGGCCGUUAUCAUGGUCAGAGAAAGAUGAAUGAAGAGCUUGUGAAGAAAUUCCCUCAUCUAGAAGGGAAACUGACAGUUCCGUUACCAGAGGAGCCAAAAAUAUACUGA